ACAAAUUUGGGUCCUUGUUCUUACCAAAAAAAAAAAAAGGGAAGAGGGAAGGAUUGAACUGAAGUAAUAUACACAAAAAAUACAUAAUUACAUGCCACCCAUAGUGGACUUGGGUCAGUAAAGGAGAUUUCCAUGUGAAUUCUACUACAAGUCGAAGGCCAAAUUGUCAACUCCACUUACGUCUCUCUCUUGGUUCGUAAAUUCAAUUGUUCGUCCAGAUCUCUCCUCCGGUCAGUCUAAACCCUGGUGCGUGUUGUGUAAGCUUCUCCUUCGCAAAAAGCUCUAUAGAUCUCCCUCACUGAUCACGAUCCUGCAAUGGGGAAGGUCUCCGUGAUCGUAUACAUAACAGUGGCGCUGCUAUUACUGCUUCUUAUCUCUCACUCCCCUAAGUCGUCCAGCCGCCGCCUCCUUCACCCCCGCCGCCUCAAAAUUCGCAACUCAUUCAACUUCACGGACCCCUCCCACCAUGAGUCCGUCGCAUUUGACCCCCUUGUUGCCGAAAUCGAGCGCCGCCGUGAAGACAAGCUGUGGGAGCGCCAGCACAUCGAACACGCUCACCCGGAACUGGCCCACGACUCAGCCCCAGCCGCCGAGUCCCAGCCCGAAUGGGAGGAGUACAUGGACGCUGAGGAUUUCUUGAAUGAUGAGGAUAAAUUCAAUGUCACUGAAAGGUUGAUCUUGCUUUUUCCGAAUAUUGAUGUCAACCCAGCUGAUGGUUAUCUGACUGAAGAUGAAUUGACUGAGUGGCACUGGAAGCAGUCUGAGAAGGAGGUCCUGCACAGGGCACAAAGAGAGAUGGAAACUCAUGAUAAAAAUCAUGAUGGGUUUAUUUCGUUCUCUGAGUAUGAGCCUCCCAGUUGGGUUCACAACUCAAAUGUGGAUUUAGGCUAUGAUAGUGGUUGGUGGACAGAAGAACAUUUCAAUGCGUCAGAUGCAGAUGGAGAUGGUCUUUUGAAUAUAACUGAGUUCAAUGACUUUUCGCAUCCAGCUGACAGCAAGAACCCGAAGUUACAUAACUGGCUGUGCAAGGAAGAAGUAAGGGAGAGAGAUUCUGACAAAGACGGUAAACUUAACUUCAAAGAAUUUUUCCAUGGGCUCUUUGACUUGGUAAGGAACUAUGAUGAAGAUGGCCACAAUGCUUCACAUGUAUCUGAUGAUUCAGUCGAGGCCCCUGCCAAAGUGUUGUUUAAGCAACUGGACGGAGACGGUGAUGGAUACUUGUCAGAUAUAGAGCUGCUUCCUGUGAUUGAAAAAAUUCAUCCAUCAGAGCGUUACUAUGCUAAACAACAUGCAACUUACAUGAUAUCACAGGCAGAUAAUGACAAAGAUGGGCGACUAACAUUGGCAGAGAUGAUUGAUAACCCAUAUGUUUUUUAUGGUGCUAUCUUCCAUGAUGACGAUGAUGAUGAUUUUGAAUACCAUGACGAGCUCCGUUAAUUUUGUUCCCAGAUACCAAGGAAACAGUGGUAGGAUUGAAACAUUCUGCUAGCAAGAAUUUAACACUGUAGAGUUACUAUUUAUCCAAUGUAUUUUUUUUUCUCUUUACCACGCUGGGCGAUGAUUCUUCACAAGAUAACCAUAUUUGGAUAAAGCUUUGGCAUCUUGUCAUGUAAUUUUGUAGCAUUAGUCACGCACAGUGGCACACAUAAUUUUUCUCCAUCGCACCACAUAUUGUGAAAAUUCAACAACUUCAGCUUAUGGGUGCUGAAUUUAACAAUUUCAGAAAUUUGAUUACAAAUCUCC